AUGUCAAAGGAAGUGAAAAGCCAGGACUACUGCUGUUGUGGCCUCUUCCACAAGCACGUAAGUUAAAUAUUCAUCUAAAAGAUUCCAUAUAUUAACAUCUUUCGCCUUCAAAAAUGAGAUUUUUUCAUCUUGCCAUAUUAAUGUCUAGUAUAAUAUAAAUAUUGUCGGUUGCCGGGCAAAUCUCAAAUUUUUCCACAUUUCAGAGCCUCGCAUUUGUCGCUGGCACCUUCCUCUCCAUCGCCUAUGCAGCCGCCUUGGCGCGCCGAAUCUACACCACGUCCAGCGCGCCCGGAAACAUGGACGCCAUUAUUAUCGCGGCCGCCGCCAUUGGGUUCCUCGUCCAUUUGAUGUUGGUCAUCGGGAACCGACAGCACAACAAGUGUCUGUACAUCCCUGCUAUGAUAUUUAAUGUAAGCUUAUCGCUCUAAGGUCUCAAAAAGAUCAUCAAAACAUCCAAAACCAGCUGUUUGACCCUGCUUUAACUCGAAAGCCGCGGGAAAAAUCCCAUUUUUCCUUUCUAAAAAGCUUAUGGGUUAUAUUAUGCUUGGCGGUUGGAUCAAGAACCGAAUAGGAAGACUACAAAAAUCGAUGGGGCGAAUAAAAAGACGUUCCGUUUGACGGAAAAACAACGCCCGAAGAGCCGGUCUCUUCGCCCCCCUCUCGCACUCGGUCCGUUUUGCGAGAGAGCCGAGCGUGGCGAAGUGGCCGAGUGGUCUAAGGCGCUGGUUUUAGGCACCAGUCUCUCCGGGGGCGUGGGUUCGAAUCCCACCUUCGUCAAAAUCGUUUUGCACUUGUUUCUUAUGGUUUUUAGUAUUGAAAUAGCACAGUAAAUUACUAUUAGUUUUAGAUUUGUUGCAAAAUGCAACGAAUACAUUUAUUUUUCCACAUUUUCGCCGUAAAUUUGCAUUAAUUUUGAGUUUUUUCAUUCAAAAAAUCUCAUUUUAGGUCAUUUGGUGCAUCGACCAAACCCGCGCCGCUUUCUUCCACUUGAACUUUGUCGCUGGUGUGUUGCAGAAUGCCGAAGCCUACCACAAGGCGGCUGGCAUUCCACACACCUUCGAGAAGUUCAUUUCGUUGGUGAUUUUGGACCUCUUCUUCACCGUCGGCGGAGUUUUGGUCGCUUUCGGAUUCUUGGCCAUCGUCGUCUGCGGCUACUGCUAUUUGCGCCGCGAGCAGAAGGCGGCCAAGAUUGUGCAGGUGGAGAACCCCGUCUACGCGAAUGGACCGUUGCCCGAGAAGGCGCCGAUCACCGACUACAUCUAA